AAACACUUGUUUAUCGGCCGCCUCCAAAACCUCAGUCUCUCACUUCUUCAUCCUUCCUCACGACGGCGACAAUGGCGACUCUCACUCACCACACCCCACAGACCGCUUUCCUCUCCAGGCUCCCUCUCAGACCCAAACCCAGAGCCUUCUCCGCAAGAGUCAAAAUGUCUCUCCAGGAAUCCGCGCCCUCCCUCGCCGUCGUCGGCGUCACCGGCGCCGUCGGGCAAGAGUUCCUCUCCGUCUUAUCCGACCGAGACUUCCCUUACAGCUCCGUCAAGAUGCUUGCGUCCAAACGGUCCGCCGGGAAACGCGUCGCCUUCGACGGGCGCGAAUACACGGUGGAGGAGCUCACGGCGGAGAGCUUCGACGGCGUCGACAUCGCGCUGUUCAGCGCCGGCGGAUCGAUAAGCAAGGAGUUCGGGCCGCGCGCGGCGGAGAGAGGAACGAUCGUCGUUGACAACAGCUCGGCGUUUCGGAUGGUCGAGGGAGUCCCGCUGGUGAUUCCCGAAGUGAAUCCCGAGGCGAUGAAAGGGAUUAAAGUGGGAAAUGGUAAAGGGGCGUUGAUUGCGAACCCUAAUUGCUCCACCAUUAUCUGCUUGAUGGCCGUUACGCCUCUUCAUCAUCACGCUAAGGUGAAGAGGAUGGUGGUUAGUACUUAUCAAGCAGCUAGUGGUGCGGGUGCUGCAGCUAUGGAAGAGCUUGUGCAGCAGACUCGCGAGGUUUUAGCUGGUAAACCGCCGACUUGUAACAUCUUCAGUCAACAGUAUGCGUUUAACCUGUUUUCGCACAAUGCUCCCAUUACUGAGAACGGUUACAACGAAGAGGAAAUGAAACUUGUGAAAGAGACGAGGAAGAUUUGGAAUGACACAGAAGUCAAAGUAACAGCGACGUGUAUACGUGUUCCGGUUAUGCGUGCUCAUGCAGAGAGUGUGAAUCUCCAGUUUGAGAACCCCCUCGAUGAGAACACAGCAAUGGAGCUGUUGAGGAAAGCACCUGGAGUUUAUAUUAUAGACGACCGUGCCUCUAACACCUUCCCUACUCCACUUGAUGUCUCUAACAAAGACGAUGUAGCGGUUGGUAGGAUCCGGCGAGACGUGUCCCAAGAUGGCAAUUUCGGGCUGGACAUAUUCGUUUGUGGAGAUCAAAUACGCAAAGGAGCUGCUCUUAACGCUGUUCAAAUCGCUGAGAUGCUUCUCUGAUUUCAAAUCCUCACUCACUUGGCUUCUCCUGAUUCUUGACAUGAGAUCUCUGUGUAUCAGAUUUGAGUCAAGAACUUGGUCUCAAUUUUUUGUUUUUGGAGUUUCUUUUGUUUCCCUGUUUGACCACUUUUGUUACUUAUCAAUCAUGAAGUUGUCUCUGAAAGCUGAAUCAUCCCUCAUUCUUGAACCUUGCCAAUCUCCGGUUCGAACCGGUACCGGCUUGGUUAAUGGAAGAUGACAUCUUGCAUGUGA